AUGAAGCUUUAUCCUCGAACUUCUUCAGGACUCUUUUCUCUCCAAUCUCUUCUCAAAAGUGGCUUCUCUCCAACGUUAAACUCUAUCGACAGAUUUCUUCGAUAUCUCUACCGUCUUCAGAAGUUUAAUUGCAUUCUUCAAUUCUACUCUCAGCUAGAUUCGAAGCAAAUCAACAUCAAUCACCGGAUUUACUCAAUCGUUUCAUGGGCAUUUCUCAAUUUGAAUCGAUACGAAGACGCAGAGAAGUUUAUCAACAUCCAUAUUUCAAAAGCUUCGAUUUUUCCCAGGACCCAUAUGUUAGAUUCUCUAAUUCAUGGAUUUAGCAUCACACGUGAUGAUCCAAGUAAGGGUCUUCUGAUUCUCCGAGAUUGUUUACGGAAUCACGGUGCGUUUCCUUCUUCCUUAACGUUCUGUUCACUGAUUUAUCGGUUCGUUGAGAAAGGAGAGAUGGAUAAUGCUAUUGAGGUUUUAGAGAUGAUGACGAACAAGAAUGUAAAUUACCCAUUUGAUAAUUUCGUAUGUAGUGCUGUGAUUUCUGGGUUUUGUAAGAUUGGUAAACCGGAACUUGCGUUAGGGUUUUUCGAAAGUGCUGUCGAUUCAGGUGUUCUAGUGCCGAACCUUGUAACUUAUACUACGCUUGUGAGUGCUCUUUGUCAGUUAGGUAAGGUUGAUGAAGUUAGGGAUUUAGUUAGGAGAUUGGAAGAUGAAGGAUUUGAGUUUGACUGUGUGUUCUAUAGUAAUUGGAUUCAUGGGUACUUUAAGGGAGGUGCAUUGGUGGAUGCACUUAUGCAGGACAGGGAAAUGGUGGAGAAGGGAAUGAAUCGAGACGUUGUUAGCUAUUCGAUACUAAUAGAUGGGUUGUCGAAGGAGGGGAAUGUUGAAGAAGCGUUGGGGUUAUUAGGGAAGAUGAUAAAGGAAGGAGUAGAGCCGAAUUUGAUUACUUAUACAGCUAUUAUUAGGGGACUCUGCAAAAUGGGUAAACUUGAAGAGGCAUUUGUGUUGUUCAAUAGAAUUCUAAGUGUUGGAAUCGAAGUGGAUGAGUUUCUGUAUGUGACUUUGAUAGAUGGAAUUUGUAGGAAAGGGAAUUUGAAUCGAGCUUUCUCUAUGUUGGGGGAUAUGGAGCAGAGAGGGAUACAACCAAGCAUUCUUACGUAUAACACUGUGAUUAAUGGACUUUGCAUGGCAGGGAGAGUGUCGGAGGCAGAUGAAGUUUCAAAAGGAGUUGUGGGAGAUGUCAUUACUUAUAGUACUUUAUUGGAUAGUUAUAUAAAGGUGCAGAAUAUUGAUGCUGUAUUAGAGAUUAGGCGUAGAUUUUUAGAAGCUAAAAUCCCUAUGGACUUGGUUAUGUGCAACAUUCUCCUGAAAGCAUUUCUAUUGAUGGGUGCAUAUGGAGAAGCUGAUGCACUUUACAGGGCAAUGCCAGAAAUGGAUCUGACUCCAGAUACAGCCACAUACGCAACGAUGAUUAAGGGGUAUUGCAAAACGGGUCAAAUCGAAGAGGCACUUGAGAUGUUUAAUGAGUUGAGGAAAAGCUCAGUUUCUGCAGCUGUAUGUUAUAAUCGCAUUAUUGAUGCACUCUGCAAAAAAGGGAUGCUGGACACAGCCACAGAAGUUCUUAUCGAGCUGUGGGAGAAAGGUUUAUAUUUGGACAUCCAUACAUCUCGGACCUUGUUACAUUCAAUCCAUGCUAACGGAGGUGACAAAGGAAUACUCGGUUUGGUUUAUGGACUGGAACAGUUGAAUUCAGAUGUUUGUCUUGGGAUGCUCAAUGAUGCUAUCUUACUUUUAUGCAAGAGAGGUUCUUUCGAGGCAGCGAUUGAAGUUUAUAUGAUUAUGAGGAGAAAAGGUUUAACUGUUACUUUCCCUUCUACAAUUCUAAAAACACUAGUGGACAAUCUCAGAUCAUUGGAUGCUUAUCUACUCGUUGUUAAUGCUGGAGAAACUACUCUGUCUUCAAUGGAUGUGAUCGAUUACACAAUCAUCAUCAAUGGUCUCUGCAAGGAAGGAUUUCUAGUAAAGGCCUUAAAUUUGUGCAGUUUUGCCAAAAGCAGAGGUGUCACUCUCAAUACCAUAACAUAUAAUUCACUCAUAAAUGGACUUUGCCAGCAAGGUUGUCUUGUAGAAGCUCUCCGUCUAUUUGAUUCGCUUGAGAAUAUUGGUUUAGUCCCAUCUGAGGUCACCUACGGCAUUUUGAUUGACAAUUUAUGCAAAGAAGGGUUGUUUCUUGAUGCUGAGAAACUAUUGGACAGUAUGGUAUCUAAGGGACUUGUGCCAAACAUUAUCAUUUAUAAUUCGAUAGUUGACGGGUACUGCAAGCUGGGGCAAACAGAGGACGCCAUGAGAGUUGUAUCACGGAAAAUGAUGGGAAGGGUAACACCAGAUGCAUUCACGGUCAGUUCUAUGAUCAAAGGUUACUGUAAAAAAGGUGACAUGGAAGAAGCUCUCAGUGUGUUUACAGAGUUCAAGGAUAAAAAUAUCUCUGCCGAUUUCUUUGGUUUUCUGUUUCUGAUCAAAGGCUUCUGCACGAAAGGGCGAAUGGAAGAAGCAAGGGGCCUCUUGAGAGAAAUGCUUGUUUCAGAAUCUGUUGUUAAGCUGAUUAACAGAGUUGAUGCGGAAUUAGCUGAAUCUGAAUCGAUCAGAGGCUUCCUCGUCGAGCUGUGCGAACAAGGAAGGGUCCCUCAGGCUAUCAAAAUCCUAGAUGAGAUAAGUUCAACAAUCUAUCCGUCUGGUAAAAACCUGGGUUCUUACCAAAGGUUGCAGUUCUUGAAUGAUGUGAAUGAAGAAGAGAUAAAGAAGAAAGACUAUGUUCAUGAUUUUCAUAGCCUGCACUCAACUGUUAGCUCACUCUGCACCAGUGGGAAGCUGGAGCAAGCUAAUGAGUUCGUUAUGUCUGUGCUCUCUUGUAUGCCUAGAUAGGUCAGUAUGUUUACUUGACUUCUCAAGUCACCAAAAGCCAACCGGAAAUAAUCAGAGUUAUUCGAAUUGGAUUAUCCAUGUGGUUAGACAUUUAAUGGGUUCAUUCAUCGAAUUGGAAUACUCUUGGCAGUUGAUUAGCAGCUUUUCUGUAAGAUAAACUGGAACCUCUACUACAGAGAAUCAGCAGAAUCAGAGAGGAACAACUAUAGGAGCUCGAGGAACCGUAGGCUGUAGAGGAACACAGUCCCAGUCCUUACCAGUUCGAGCUACAGAGAAAUGUUUUGGAAUCCAUGAUUGUCCAGAAGCCUUUCUUUUCCUCAAAGACUCCCUCUGCUUCUCCUCCACAUCUCUCUUGGCUUCUCUUGCUUUCUCCCAGUUGUUCGUCACGAUUCCUUCACUCACCUCACCCCACACCACCGCCGACUCGCUCUCACUCACCUCCUGCAAACCAGAAAUAACUGAAUUACGAAUAUCGAACAAAACAAAUAAUCUCCCGAGAAAGUUUAUAACAGUAACCUGCAGGUUCUCGACAAUGGGAGUUUUGAGCUUUGCAAUGUUUUCACUCGCUUUGUAUAUAACCUCAAGCUGUCCAGUCUUUGUAUUUUUCGCGGUAACAGUUCUGAAAUGCAUUACCUCACUGUAAAUUAUAUGUUCAACUGC